UGCCCGCCGUGGGAUGGCGGCUUUGAGGAGUUGGCUGUCGCGGGGCGUAGCCUCCCUCUUCAGGUACAGACAGUGUGUCCCUGUCGUGGCUCACUUUAGGAAGCGCUGUUUCUCAGAGCUGAUACGACCAUGGCACAAAACGGUGGCACUUGGAUUUGGUGUCACCCUGUGCGCGGUUCCCAUUGCACAGAAAUCGGAGCCUCAUUCUCUUAGUAACGAAGCAUUAAUGAGGAGAGCAGUUUCUUUGGUAACAGAUAGCACCUCUACUUUUCUCUCUCAAACUACAUAUGCAUUGAUCGAAGCUAUCACUGAAUAUACUAAGGCUGUUUAUACCUUAAUUUCUCUGUACCGACAAUAUACAAGUUUACUUGGGAAAAUGAAUUCACAAGAGGAAGAUGAAGUAUGGCAGGUGAUCAUAGGAGCCAGAGUUGAGAUGACUUCAAAACAACAAGAAUAUUUGAAGCUGGAAACCACGUGGAUGACUGCAGUUGGUCUUUCAGAGAUGGCAGCAGAAGCUGCCUACCAAACUGGAGCCGAUCAGGCCUCUAUAACCGCCAGGAAUCACAUUCAGCUGGUGAAAUUGCAGGUGCAGGAGGUGCGCCAGCUCUCCCAGAAAGCAGAAACCAAGCUGGCAGAAGCACAGACGAAAGAGCUCCGUCAGAAAAUCCAGGAGGAAGGAGACGAGCAGGCUGAGCCGGAGCCGGAGGCCUACCUGCGGGAGGAUUGAGGGCCUGAGCCCGCUGCCCUUCCUGCCUGCCGGGAGGGAGAGGCGGGGGCGGAUGCUGUUCGGCCCAAGCACUACUCUCUGCACAAGAGUCCUGCCAACCAGGCCAGGGCCUUUGUGAGCUGGGAGUGCCUGGGCCCUCCCCCUGUGGUCUCAGGCUUCUUAUCCUUGAGCUGGGCACCCUGUUUAGCAUCACACUCCACUCUGCACAGCUGCUCUCUCACCCACUGAUCUUUUUACCUCACACCCAAAAUAUUUCGCCAGCCUGGGCCAGAGAGCGGGGUCCUUUUUUUGUCAUGCCCUGUAGCUGUUUAACCUGUUUUCAAUUUUAUUCACAUUUUCAAAUAUGAUUUAGUAUUUGUUCCCUCUGCAGAGAUGUGAGGUUUGAGGAACAGGAGCCUGUCCAGUUUGAAAGGUUUUUUUUGAGUGUUUCUAAUGCCUUCUCUGAUCUGGCCCUGUAAAGCACAGCUCAGGCCAAGGAGUCAGAAGUCUAUUAUUAAUGGGAUGAAUGCAGAGUGUUUACCUGGUGCUUUCAACAAGACUAUUCUAACACAU